GCUGGGCACUGGGGAGAGUGGAAAAAGCACGUUCAUUAAGCAAAUGCGUAUAAUUCAUGGCUCAGGCUACUCUGAAGAGGACAAAAAAGGCUUCACCAAGCUGGUGUACCAAAACAUCUUCACUGCCAUGCAGUCUAUGAUCAGGGCCAUGGAAACCCUGAAGAUUCUGUACAAAUAUGAACAGAACAAGGCCAAUGCAGUGCUGAUCCGGGAAGUUGAUGUAGAAAAGGUCAUGACAUUUGAGCAGCCAUAUGUAAGUGCAAUUAAAACAUUGUGGAAUGACCCUGGAAUACAAGAGUGUUAUGACAGGAGAAGAGAAUAUCAGCUUUCUGACUCAGCUAAAUACUAUCUUAGCGACGUGGAUCGUAUUGCUACCCCAGGAUAUCUACCAACUCAGCAAGAUGUGCUACGGGUUAGAGUUCCUACAACCGGUAUCAUAGAGUACCCCUUUGACCUAGAGAAUAUUAUCUUCAGAAUGGUGGAUGUUGGAGGUCAAAGAUCAGAACGAAGGAAGUGGAUCCAUUGCUUUGAAAAUGUGACUUCCAUCAUGUUUUUAGUAGCACUUAGUGAAUAUGACCAAGUUCUGGUGGAAUCUGAUAACGAGAACCGGAUGGAAGAGAGUAAAGCUCUCUUUCGCACCAUUAUCACUUAUCCGUGGUUCCAGAACUCUUCUGUUAUCCUCUUUCUCAACAAGAAAGAUCUGUUGGAAGACAAGAUCCUAUAUUCCCACCUUGUUGACUAUUUCCCAGAGUUUGAUGGCCCACAGAGGGAUGCACAGGCAGCCCGUGAGUUCAUUCUCAAGAUGUUUGUGGAUUUAAAUCCAGACAGCGAUAAAAUCAUCUAUUCUCACUUCACAUGUGCCACAGACACAGAAAACAUCCGUUUCGUCUUUGCAGCUGUCAAGGACACCAUCCUACAGCUCAACCUGAAGGAGUACAACCUGGUUUGACCUGCUCUGCUCUUGGCCCCUUGAGAGGCUUCAUUCUGAAGAAAAGACAAAGAAAUUUUAAAUAUGACAGGAAAAAAAAGUUUUAAUUUUUGAUGAUGUAAUGAUUGCAAAUUGUCUGAUCUGUGGAGUGGCAAGUGCUCAGUGUUAUCCUGGAGUCUCAUGUCUCUGUCCACAGAGUAGUUGAUUUCAUAUUUUUAACAAAUUGCUUUUAUUUCACAGUUAACGGGGAUAUGCCUCAUUUCUUCAGCACCUUGCUUCUUAAUUUUUGCCAAACAGCUAAGGCAGUCUCAUCUGGAGCUUUCCUUUGUUGCUUAGCCACUUUUUUUUCCCCCCUUUUUGUUCCCAUGGUAUAUAUAGAAAAAAACUAACUUUCCAGCUGACAUUGUGAAUUCACUGGACUGUGGGAGUGCAGAAUGCUACUGGUCCCUU